AUGGGUAAUAUACAAUUCAUACCUUUUAAUGAAAUUCAUAAUAUUAAGCCUUUGAAUGGAGGUGGGUUUGGAGAAAUUUUUCAAGCAACCUGGGUGAAUAAUUUAGGAAAGGAAAAAAAGGUAGCUCUCAAAUAUUUAAGAACUUCAAAAGGUUUUUCUAAGAAUAUUAUUAAUGAGGUAAUUCCAUUUGAAAUCACACGUUCGGAUGAUUACAUUUUAGAUUAUUACGGCCUUAUGAAACAAUUUGAAUCGAAUAAAAUUUAUAUAGUAAUGGAGUAUGCAGAAGGUGAUAUCCGUUUAAAAAUUAAUCAAUGGUGCGAAAGUAUGAAAUCUGAAAAAAUUAACGAUGCAAAAAAAGAGUUUCAUAAUGCUGACAAAAAAAUAAUUGAACACGAACAUUCAUAUGAUAAUGAUGAUAAUACUCAAAUUUUACAGGAUUCCUGGGAUUCCUCAAAGAUUUCCGAAAUUUUAAUGUCAGAUACUUUGAGGGAUUCCUCACACCUUUUCGAAAUUUUAAAGCUAGAUAAUUUGCCUGAACAUUCAAAUGAAAAAUGA